UUUUAUCGGGAAGGACGUGUUCCCAGUACAAUACCAGCCUUAAUUUGCAACCCCUCCUUAUUUGACUGGACCAGGUGGAUCAGGAUUGGUGCAUCUUUUUAAAAAAAGCAAUCACAAUCUCAUCUGUCGCAUCUCAUCUCAUCUCUCCCAUGUCCACCCCGAUGCUGCGGCACCCAUGCCCUACAAAUGGGCUUGCCAACCCCAUUUCAUUCCCUUCAUCCUCUCCUUCCUUCCUUCACCCAUUCACCCAGUCCUUUUUUUCCUGCUUUCCUCCACCAUGACCGUCAACAAGCCGAAGUCAGAGGAGUCUAUUGAGGCACUACGCAGGAAGCUGGAGGCUGUUUCACUGGACCUCAGGAACACACAGCGGGACCUCCUGGAGGCUAACGACAGCCUUGCGUCAACACAGGAAGAGCUUGAGGACACUGAGACCAAGCUCGAAGAGACUCAACUCGAGCUGCAGAACACUCGUGAUGCUCUUGCCAACACCGAGCGUGCGCGCCAGGCAGCCAACCUCGACCGUGUCCUCGCGCGGCCAGCCAGACAGCAGGAGGUCUUUGUUGUCUUGAAGUUCCGGUCGCCCCAGCCAUUGCCCGUCGGUGGAUACCAACUUUUCACGCGGCAGCAAAAGGAUGUUGAGCGCAGCUUGAAGCGAUUUAUUGCUGACAAUCCGGAGCUCGAUGCCGUUGUGAUGGACAAGUUGCGAUUCGAUCGCUCUCCUCGAGGGCACCGUGUCUACCAGCGCAUCAAGGACGACAAGGAUACACCGAUCGAGUUCAGUCGCCGCAACUUCGCGCUCAAGAAAGGCCACUCCGAGGACGACAUGAUUGAGUAUAUCGCCAGUGUCUUCAACACUCAUACUCAGGACCAGGAGAACAUGUAGCUCUAGGCUCGCCAGCUCUCUAGCAUUUUAAAAAAAUCUAGGAUUCAAUGAAGAUUGACUAUUAAAAAGGUGCCAUUUUUCACCUGGUAUAUUUAAAUAGCACAGGCAUUCACCAAGAGAAUGGCAUGGUAUAUCUCUGACGGACUCUCCUAUUGACAACCCUCUCUUAUUGGCGACCCUCUCUUAUUGCGCGGUGGGUAGAAU